AUGGAACCAAGCAAAAUAUUUUCAAAAAUAAAGGACCUUGGUCAUAAUAACAGUAAACGUGAAGAGUUAAGAGAGUUUUGCAAACUAAAGAUAGAUCAGAUCAUCAAAUUUCUAUCUCGGCGCAUUUUGAAUAGCGAUGGUGCCGAGAUAUUGGAUUGUAUUCUAAAUGGUUUGCCUGAUAACUCAUGUUCAAACAAAGUUAAGGUAGUGGAUAUAGUUCUGAAGACAAUGCGGAAUGAAUCAACAUCUCUCACUCAUUGUGGUGAUGUUAUUAGCAGAUUGUGCUUAGAAAUACCCAAACAAUCAGUGGGAGAAUUGGUCAGAUGGAGUGAUGAUUGUGUCCAAUCCAUAGUGGAGGACAGUGAUGUAAACAUGAUCUGGAGGGAUGUGUUACCAGAAUGUUUAAAUGCAGCUACAAAUCAUGACAACAUCAAACACUGCGGCACAGAUAUGUCUGGUAAUGAAUAUAAAGAACAAUGCAUACGCGCACUGUGUCAAUGUAGAUGGACAGAAAGGCAGCUGGUUCAACUUGCUGCAAUGUUUAAAGAUAUGCAAUUAUCUAAAAGCGAUCAUAAACAAGUGGUCAGUAAAAUCUGUUCAUACAUAAUGGGAAUCCCACCCGAGGCUCUUCCUCCAUUGGUACAUCAAUUGUUAAAAUUAUGCAAGUUAUACAAUGUUGAAAUUGUGCUCUCCCAACUCAGCCAUUAUUUCAACUUGCACCUGUACAGUAAACUCGAACCGCCACCGCAAGACUCUGAAUCAACAACCAUGGAUAUUGAUGAUAUAGUUCAACACAGUCCUGCCGAGCUGAGUCGAUGCCUCUCAACUUGCAUCUACCACAUCGCCCAGGGCGCGGCCGACCCGGAACUGAUCAGGAAGCACAUAAAGCUGUGGCCCAGGACGCAGUUGCUGCGCUCCCCGUUCCUCGUGGACCUCGCGUUGUCUGUGUCCGACAAGGCCGAGUUCAGAUCCGUCUGCUUGGACGCGAUCAGGUCAGCGAUGGAGCAACGCGCUAUGGACGAAGUGCGUAGCAAGCAGUCCGCCUGGGUUCGCUCCGUUUUACCUCCAGACGUCGACGUCACCAGCCUCCUGAAAGUGCUCACGACGGAGAGCGCCAACCAUCGCCAGCUGACGGCGCUGGGCCUGAUCAACCUCGCCUUCGCGCUGCUCUCCGUGUCGCGGCUGAAGGCGGCGGCGCACGCGUGCUGGUCGCACGGGAAGCUGAUACUAGUGCGCCUAUGCAAGUCGCAGCCGGAGACGGCUGGCCACAUCUUGAGCCAGCUGGCUGACAGGCUGUCCGGAGACGUUACCCAGAGACAGUACACCGACUGCCUGUACACGCUGUGCGCUCUGAGCCCCGUGUCGGUGGAGCGGUGCGCCCAGGUGAGCGGCAUCCUGGAGGGCUGCCGCGCCCCUGGCAGCCAGCACGAGCCUGCCGCCCGUCUCCUGGACGCCGUGCAUCCGCUGCUGGCCUUCAGCGCCCGCGUCAGGGACUCGCUGGUCAUGGUCUGCCGCAAGGGCCUCUACUCCAGGGAUUCGGUGCAACGGCGCGUGGCGCUGUCCGGCUUCCUGAGCGUCCUGCGCCACCUGAAGGUGUCUGGUUCCUCGCUGAGCGGCAGCCAGAGCGGCACCGACCAGUUCAGCGCCCACUCCUACCUCACGCAGCUCACCGUAGACCUCCACGCCACCCAGCAGGGCGCCACAGUAACGUCGCGUGUGCGCAACGAAGCUAUGUGUUUGGAAGUUGUCUCGAUUUUGCGUCGCUGCUUAAUACAAGACGCCGCCGUCAAAGAGCUUUUAUAUACUCAAUUAUACAACUGUGUGAAGGAUAAGCCUGUCCUUCAUGAACCGGUGUUGGAAAUUCUCUAUGAACACCUCAGUAAAUAUUUACCCGAAGAUGAGGAAGGAUGUCCUUUGCUCUUUGAUAAGUGUGUUCAAACCACUGCUAUCUCAGCUGUCCUCACAGAACCAAUAUCUCGGCUUCUGUACGUCAUUGCACAGUUUCUCCAACCGGUCGAGACGGAGGACCUUGAAGACAUCCUCUGCAGCCAGAAUGUUGAGACGGGCAGUGCCCUUCUGAGAAGCAAACUAAGCAUCGUCAUGGACAAACUUUGCAAAAGCGGCAACCUUGCUAACAUUGAUUUGGAUGAACACGAGUUAAACGACCUAACGCCCGAAUCGAAGGCCAAUAAUAUAAAGGUUCAGCUGCUCUUGCAAUGCCACGAAGCGUUAAUCGCGCACCAGAUUAUGCAGUGGAAUUUGAACAGCGACGACGCUGCCGGCACCGUUUACAAGCUGUUCAAAGCCAGCAAUGAGCUACUAGAGCAAACAAAGACUCCGUCGAAAUUGAGCAAGAAGAACAGCAAACUGAAUAUGAACGAAACCAGAGAAACCUCCAAGUCCCAGAAAAGCCAAAAAUCGCAAAAAGACAAGGGCAAAGGAGCAAAUAAACUGUCAAAUAUGGUGAAGGAUAGGACUGGGCCGUUCAAACCUCUACCCAGUGUGUGGGACCUCAAGUUCUGUCUGAGGAUAUUGGAAUUGUUAUACAGCGAGGAGUUGUCGUGGUCGUCGACGGAGCAGAGGAACUCGGUGCGUGGGCGGCGUGAGGUCCACCGCUGGGCACUGCGCGCGGCGUUGGGCGUGGUGGGCGCCGAGGGGGAGCAAAAGCGGCCCCGCCCCUCCGCCACCCUGCUACCAAUUACUGCCCUCUUGUAUGGCAGAUCUGGUGGCGGGGGGGCGACGGGCUCGGCGAGCGUGGCGGCCGUGCUGGAAGCGCUGCACGGCGCGUCCCGGCAGCUGGAGCUGGACUGCGCCGACGAGGAGGCGGAUGCCGGCGCUAGGAAGGUCCAGGUGGCGCUGCUCCAGCUGGCGACGGUGCUGCUGGAGGCGCCGCUCGCCCCCAGCCUCGAGAUGUGCCGCGCAACAGUAAAGUUUGAGGAGUACUUGAGAAGCAGUAAGCAGGACUGCUCGCCGCUCGUGGGUCCGCUGCUAAGCGCCAUCUACCGGCAGCAGCAGGAGGCGCAACUGCUGGAUGACCUCCUUCUGAAGCUAACCUCCACGCUGGGCCUGAUCGAUGAAGAAGAUACCUCGUCCGUCGAGGAGUCUGCCACCUUCCCCGGGAUCGAUUCCCGCACCGGGCACUCUGUGCUGGGCCACGUGUGCUCCCAUCUCGCGGAGCGCUUCAAGUGCGUGGAGCACCUCCUGGCGAGGGCGAGGGACCUCGCGUCGGCAACGGACCUGCCCUCCCCCCGGCAACAGGCGAUCAGGACGGAGGCGACGGAGCUGCACCGGGCGGCGGUGAUCGAGCUGUGCCAGCUGGGCGGGUGGGUGUCGCGCGCGGCGCGGCUCCGCUGCGGCGCGGGCGCGGCCGCCGAGCGGACGCUCGCGCUCUGCGUGCGGCUCUACGCGCUGCUCACGGCGCUCUUCAGGCACCUGCCGCCCGCGAUGGCGCCCGCGCUCAGGCUGGAGCGGCUGCUGAAGCUGUGCGGGAAGCGGCUCUCGUCGAUAACCGACGCGCUGAUCACGUACGUGGAGCAGGCUGGCGGCGGAGUGGCGAAGGGCCGGCGCGCGGCGGCCCUGCCCCGGGACGCCCGCCUGGUGCCCCGGCUGGUGCUCGAGGCGGAGCAGUUCGCGAAGCACGUGACGCUGCUCGCCGCCAAGGCCAAGGUGAACUAUCAGCAGUACUUGUCACUGGGCACAGCGAGGGAUUUCAGAAUAAAGGCGCCCGUCCUGCAAGAGAUGUUGAACGCUAUGGACCACCCACCUGAAGACGCAGAUGAACAAGAUAUAAAUGAUGCGGCGACAGAGAUCAUUCCUCGAGCAAGCGACGAGGAAGAAGAGACAGAAGCGAGCGACGAAGAAUCUUCUAGAAGGAAAAGAAGAAGAGUAUCA